GCGGCAUAUGGGCACGCUAAUUUAAACCGCAACAAUAUCAAUACAGUCCAACGGCCAAGAUCUUCAUUCUGAGCAGCGCCCUUUCAAGGAAACUUCCCAAAAACUUCGCAGGCAUAAGGAUUACGCAUUCUUCAUCGCAAGCAAGGAAGAAAACCUAGAUAACACACACAUUGUGCUACAGAAAGGGAUUGCAAUGUUUCCGACCAAGUCGAUAAUCUCGGUGCUUCUUUUCUUUGGCAACGCAGUCUCUCUGCAAGUCAAUAUCACACCUGCCCAGGGCGAGAUCAGUGUUGGAGAGUCUCGGUUCUUUAUGUGUGAAGUUAUCGGUGGGGUGAAGGAAAUCGACUGGUUUUCUCCGAGCGGGGAGAAAAUUGAGCCUGGCAGACUGGACGUUAGUGUGAAUCGCAACGACAAGAUUCGCAAUGACGUAAUCAGCGAGACGUCCUCCAUUCUCACGAUCUACAAUGCAAAGGUUGAUCAUGCCGGCACAUAUAAAUGUGUAGCCAGCAGCGGGGACCAGGAGGCUGAAGCUACCGUCAAUCUAAAAAUAUACCAAAAAAUCACCUUCACAAAUGUCCCAUCACCACAAGAGUUCACUGAAGGGGACAAUGCCAUUAUAGUGUGUGAUGUCAUAAGCUCACCUCCUCCAACUGUCCUCUGGAAAUUCAAAGGUGCAAAGAUUCAGUUUGAAAAAGAUGUGCGUUUCAGAACUUUGAAUAACAACCAUCUCCAAAUCCGAGGAAUCAGGAAGACUGAUGAGGGGCAGUACACCUGUGAGGGUCGCAUUAAAGCACGAGGGGAAGUCGACUUUCGCAAAAUUAAAGUCAUUGUUAACGUACUUCCCACUAUAAGAAUCCGUCAAGCAGAAACAAACGCCACUGCUGACAAGGGCUAUACAACCAUGCUGGCCUGUGACGCUGAUGGAUUUCCUGAGCCGAUGGUGUCCUGGACACGGAGCGGUGUUCAGCUCGAGAGUGGGGAUAAAUACAACUUCAAUGAAGACGGCUCAGAGAUUACAAUACUAGAUGUGACAAAGCUGGACGAGGGAGAUUACACUUGCAUUGCUAAGAACAAAGCUGGAGAGAGCGAACAAGAACUUAGUCUUAAAGUCUUUGUGCAACCCAAAAUCACAUAUUUGGAGAGCCAGACUACCACCGAAAUGGAAGAACAAGUCACAUUAACAUGCGAGGCCACCGGCGACCCCACGCCCACAAUUACAUGGAGCUUCGGUACCCGCAUUUUCACAGAAGGAGAACAGGAGCACCAAAAGAGGAUUUAUCAGGCCUCUUGGACACGGCCCGAACAGCACAAGAGUCCUGAUGGGGAUGUGUUGGUCCGCAGUGAUGCCCGUGUGUCUUCUCUCACCCUCAAGUAUGCUCAGUACACUGACGCUGGCGAGUACCUCUGCACCGCCCUCAAUGCCAUCGGAGAGACUGCACAGCCUGUGAAUCUGGAAGUUCGCUACGCCCCCAAAAUCCAGGGCUCAGCAACCGUGUACACAUGGGAGGGCAACCCGGCCAACAUCAGCUGUGAAGUCCUGGCUCAUCCCAGUAAUGUGUCUAUUACGUGGCUGCGAGAUGGGCUCCAGCUGCCUAAUGCUAACAUCUUCAAUAUCAAGAUAUACAACACGCUUUCCGCCAGCUAUCUAGAGGUCAGUCCAGAGUCUCAGAGCGACUUUGGCAGCUACAACUGUACUGCUUCCAAUGCCAUCGGGACCGAGUCCAAAGAGUUCAUCCUGAUUCCAGCUGAUGUGCCCUCGGCGCCAGCCGUCACUCAAGUGCAGCCAUACUCCAGCACGGCUCUGGUGCUUUUCGAGGAUCCCGAGUCCACAGGAGGAGUUCCUGUGCUUAAGUACCGAGCAGAGUGGAGAGCUCUGGGCCGUGGGAACUGGGUACAGCGUGUCUAUGAAGUGAAAGAUGAACUCAGUUCAGUCACAGUCACCGGCCUUAAACCCGAAACUGUAUAUGAAGUCAAGAUGUCUGCCAUCAACGGCAAGGGUGAGGGCGAGAGCAGCCCACCAGUGGUCUUCAAAACAGAGCAUGUCCGAGAACCCAACUCCCCAAUACUAGAGGGAACCUUACAACCUAAAGGCAAUGCCCUGAAAGUGAAUUGGAUCAAACAAGACGAUGGAGGUUCUCCGAUAACCCAUUACUUGGUUAGAUACAAAGUUAGGGAAGACUUGGACUGGAAGCCUGAGAUCCGUCUACCCAGCAUUAGCGAGUAUGUAAUGUUGAGUGGACUGGAAUGGGACACAGAGUAUGAUGUGUUUGUGGUGGUGGAGAACCAGCAGGGCAAGUCCAAGCCUGGCACACUCACCUUCAGAACAUCAUCAGAGCCCACAGCUACCACAGACUCCAUAGAUGAUGGGACAGGUCUGAACACUGGAGUAAUUGUUGGGAUACUCAUACUGGUGUGUGUGCUGCUCUUGCUGAUCGUGGAUGCCACCUGCUGCUUUCUCAACAAGUGUGGCAUCCUCAUGUGCAUCUGCGGGAAACCAGGACCAGGGACCAAAGGCAAAGACAUCGAGGCAGGCAAAGCUGCAUUUGUUCAAGAUGUGUCUAAAGAGCCCAUUGUAGAAGUGAGGACAGAGGAGGAGGCCACAGCCAAUCACGACACAGAAGGGCAUCCAGAGCCCAAUGAAACUACUCCACUGACUGAACCAGAGCAAGUGACAGAAACUGCUGCCGCGGUGGUCAACUUGCCUCUCUCUGUGCCCACUAACUCAGACCCGGUCACUGACACCUUUGAACUUUGCCACAGCAGUUCUGCUAGCGAGACCACCACCCUCACCUCCAGCAUUACAGCACCUCCCCCUGACCCAAACCCCACCAACAUGUCACCCAACAUCAGCACAUCCAAACACCAGACAAAACCAUCCAUUUCGUCUACUUCAUCUUCAGACCCCACAACCAAUGUAACUCUCCUGGUAGACCUGGAUGAUGCCCCAGAAACACAAGCUGAGGUUCCUCCAGUGGUCCCAGCAGAAGAACCAGUACCAGUCCCCCCAAGCAAGGCCACUUCCCUUUUCAGUGUUCUCCCACCAGACAAGAUCAACUCCAAAGCCACAGAAAAUGGAUUAGAGUCGUCCCAGUCUGUUCAAAGUCCAUCUCAUGCCACUUUAAAUUUCAUCAGUCCCUCAGUGAAUCACAAAUUCCCUGUGUCUCCAAACACAGAACUCCCACAGGAUGGGUUAUAUGCUCUGGGGACAUCUGACUCCAGUGGCCCAUCUGCUCCAGAACAGAAUGAGAAAGUUCUGGAUGAUGAGAAGAGUAAGACUGAAAAUGCAGAGGUAAAGAAGUCCAACGCUGUCUCACAAACAAGCCUCACUGAGAGUAAAGCAUGAAACAACGAAUAGAGGAGUGGGAGCAUCGCAGUGAACAUAAACAUGUUCAUUUAACAGUGCCCUUAAUGCAUUUUCUGAACAAUAAGGUGUAUAUUAUAAAGACUGGGGUCUUGUAUAAUUAUGUAUGCCUUUUUGCAGUUAUUGUUUAUUUUAUUUUAUUUUUUUACAGUAAACUUUCAGAAGUUUCUGUUUCAGGAGUUAAAUUGACAUUUAAUUCAUAUAAUUGAAAAAUUAUAAUGUGUUGAACGUUCUUGUAGUUCUUUGUACAUUUUUGUGUCACAAAGAUGGCUAUCACAACAGGGCAUUGAGUUAUUAUCUAUUUAGAAAUACAUGAAUUCUGUUUUAUUUCCAUAGUACACUGUUAAAAUGUAAAUGACUUCUCCUAUUUUUUUAUCUUGAGUGUUUUUAUGGCUAGGCCUGAUUUAAUUGUUGGAUUUUUAUUUUAUUUUAUCACCAGAUUUUAUUUACACUUAACUGUUUUGUCUCUUGGAUGUUAAUAACCUGUAAUGGCAGUUAUAUAAAGACACUUGAUCAUAGACUGAACAAAAAAAUGUAAUCAAUAUAUCAAGUCAUUUUGUUUCGCAAAUAAAGUCUUAUUAGAUCAGUUUUUACCAGUUUCUAUAUAUUUGGGAUUUGUAAGUAAUUUUUCCAACAUGCUCCUUAAGCACUGACUGAAAUCUAUAAUAUCUGCUCAUUUUUAUACUGUGUACCUCUGGAGAAGUAUGUUUCACACUGUCGACUGCAAGCUUGAGCACUGUGAUUGUGUUCUGGAGAUGUUCUUUGACAUCUGUUUUUUCAAGAAUAUCCACAUAGCUUUCUAGUAAAUGGUAGCUGAUUGUCCUUUUGUUGUAAUGAUGCAUAUUAACAGUCCUGUUUGAAACAGGACUAAUAGGAUACAUAUUACUUUGACAAAAGUUCUUAUGUCAUCACUCAUUGCAUGACUAUCUGCUAGCCCAUCUCUGAUGUAAAGGCUUGAUUGCAAGUGACAGGCCUGAAGAGGGUGGCCGUACUUGUGUCAGUGCAUGGCAGUCUGUGGCUGGUGACAAAAUGGUUCAAUGUUUAAGAAAUGUUUAAUGAUGUGUACGCAUUCUAAACUCAAUAAUUUUUUAUUUUAUUUUUUUAUAUGGGAGAGAACGCUAUUAUUUUUGCCCAUUGUACACAAAUUGUUCAGUUGUUCACUGCCAUUUUGCCCUGAAACUGUAAUUUGUCCAUGUACAUGGGCUUUGACCAAUGGAAUAACAGUAUGAUGGGGUAUGCUUUAAAAUGACAUGCAAAGAACAUGUUGUAAAUUAUGUUGUUCUAACACAUUUUAAUUAAACUCAUAACAUGAAAGAUCAUUACUCUUUUAUAGUCUGUUGUGUUCCUGGUGUAGUAUCGGAUGCUUAGAAAAAGCAACUUAAAAGCAAGUAAUUUCACUCUGUAGAUGUUUUUAAAUGUAAUGGAUUAAUAAAUGUCUGUUAUCAAUUGUUUCAUAGUAUUUUGGUGCUUAACAAAUCCAGCAUAAUGAUAAAGAUGUACACAGAAUAGUACCAAAGUACCAGUUGCUACAGUUAUUGUUCUCAAUAAAACUUUCGUAACAAGGUAUUAGCCACCACUGUCAAUAAAUG